AUGGAGAUAAAGAUGUUUCACAUACUUAUAGGCGCUCUCUUAGGUUUACUGUUCCUUGCAACGGAGACCAGAGCCCAAUUCCAAUUUUUCGAGCAGAUGUUUGGCGGCGGCGGACACCAGCAGCAGCAAGAUCACCGUGAACAGAAUGUUGCCAGCGACAGCUCCUGGUACCAGCGAAAUUAUGACAAUGCUCAUUGUUCCGACUAUCUUUGUCCUGGAACUCUAGCCUGCGUUUCUGUUCCACAUCAUUGCCCCUGCCAGCACCCGGAUGUCGAGGACAAGUUCGAGCUGGGAGAUGGAAGCGCUAUCUGUAUAUCUAAGGGUGGAUUCAAGGCCAAUGAAGCUGCAAGAAAGGUUGAGCUGGCACGGAAGGGAUUGCUGUGA